AUGUCAACAGCAGCUCUCUGCUGCCUAAUCUGUCUGAGGGACGCUGUGCUGGAGGCAAGUGGGGAUGAGCUCUCGAUGUUGGAGAACGCCAGCGAGGAGGAGCACGCCAGGUCCCUCACGGAAGGACCAAACUGCUCUCUUUCCUCCUCCGCACCCGCCCCCCGCCGUUCACUGCAGGCUUUCAGAGUUAUCAACCUGAACGUUGGAGGGCAGGUCUACACGACGACUCUGAGCACUCUGACGAGAUUCCCCGGGUCCAAGCUGGCCGAGAUGUUCCAUGGUCGCACCAGGUUGCCCCUCGACCGCAAAGGCAGAUACUUCAUCGACAGGAAUGGCACCUACUUCAAGUACAUCUUGGAAUUCUUGCGGACUCGAAAGCCGCCAAGCCACUUUGCUCAGGGCCUCUACCAAGAGGCGCUCUUCUACGGCAUCGAGCCCUUGGUGAAGUCCCUUGAGGAACACCCCGAAAUGUACGGCGAGCUGCUCGGAAGGCAGAACUUUUUGGCGCAGGUACCGAAUUACAGGGAAAAUAUAGAGCUCAUUAUCCACCUGGCCAGGGCCGACGCUGUGGCCGCCCGACAAUCCAUAGUCAUGGUUUGUAUCGUCAAAAACGAGGAGGAUGACGCAGAAUGCCUUCGGGCUGUGGGCAACCUCGGUUCCAACAAGGAGCCCAUCGUGAAAUUCGGACCCUGGGACCCCUCCCCAACUGUGUCCGAUAUGCUGCGCUGCAUCGAGAUGGACCUAGAGAAACAAGGUUAUAGGGUUUCCUCCCAACCCCACGUGAUGGCGACAGGGCCACUUUCCAAGCCCUGUAACAAGUUCUACCAUUUGAUUUUCAGUUGGUGGUAAGACAUGAAAGAGGAUAUUUACAGAGGGAACCUUUCCGCAGAGCUGGUCUGCCCUCGUAUUCAUGUCUCACACAACCCUCUUCAAUCGUCUCCAACUCUCCUUAGCAAGAAAGUCAAAAGAUAAAGUCUUUGGCACAUAUACAGUGCCUGUAGAAAGUAUCCCCCCCCCCUCUUUUCAUGAUUUAUUGUCUCACAACAUUGACAUAGUGGAUUUACUUUGGCUUUUUUUUGAAUCUGGUCAACAGAAAGACUCAUGUCAAAGGUCAAACAGAUCUCUAUAAAGUGAAUUAAAUAAAUUACAAAUAUAAAACACAAAAUAAUUGAUUGCAUAAAUAUUCACCCCCUUUAAUAUGACACACCAAAUCAUUGUUGAUGCAGCUAAUUGGCUUUAAGAAGUCAUAUCAUUAGUUAAAUAUUAAAUUAGUUAAAUGUUUCUGGAGACCUGUGUGCAGUCAAGGUGUUUCAAUUGAUUGUAGUAAAAAUACACCUGUAUCUGAAAGGUCCAACUGCUGGUGAGUCAGUAUCCUGGAAAAACUACACUAUGAAGACAAAAGGACACUCCAAGCAACUCUGCGAAAUGGAUAUUGAAAAGCAGAAGUCAGGAGACAGAUGUAAGAAAAUUACCAAGUCACUGAAUAUCCCUUGGAGUACAGUUAAGUCAAUCAUCAAGAAAUGGAAAGAAUAUGGCACAGCUGUAAAUCUGCCUAGAACUGUUGCCCGGGUGCUUCACCAGCCACAGCUUUAUGGGAGAGUGACAAAGAGAAUGCCACUGUUGAAAAAAAUGGACAAAAAAUCUCAGCUAGAGUUUGCCAGAAGGCAUGUGGGAGACUCUGAAGUCAGCUGGAAGAAGGUUCUAUGGUCUGAUGAAACCAAAUUUGAGUUUUUGUCCAUCAGACUAAACACUGCACAUCAUCAAAAACACACUAUCCCUACUAUCCCCUAGACAUCAUGCUGUGGGGAUGCUUCACUGCAGCAAGCCCUAGAAGGAUUGUGAAGGUAGAGGGUAAAAUUAAUGCAGCAAAAUACAGGGAAAUCCUGGAGGAAAACCUGUUGCAAUCUGCAAAAGAACUGCUACUUGGGAGAUUUGUUUUCCAGCAAGACGAUGAACCCAAGCAUAAAGCCAAAGCUAUAUAGGAAUGGCUUAAAGACAACAAAGUUAAUUAUCCUGGAGUGGCCAAGUCAGAGUCCAGAUCUCAAUCUAAUUGAGAAAUCAUGGCUAGACUUGAAAAAGGCUGUUCACUCACAAUCCCCGUGCAAUAUGACAGAGCUUGAGCAGUUUUGUAAUGAGAAAUGGGGAAAAAUUGCAGAGUCUAGAUGUGCAAACUGAUAGAGACCUAUUCACACAGACUGUCAUUGCUUCCAAAUGUGCACCUACUAAAUACUGACUUGAAGGGGUGAGUAAUUACACAAUAAUUUAAUAAUUGUAAUAAAUUUAGACCAAUUUGUAGAAAUUUGUUUUCCCUUUGACACAACAGUUUCUAUUGAUCAGCGUCAAA